AUGAGAACGCGCAAUGCCACGGCAGGCCAUCCUGCUAAUGGUCACUCCCGCAACUUGUCGGGGGUUGCGCCAUACGAAAUGGCUGCUCGCAGUCCUCCUAAUGCGAGCACGAAGAAUACCAAACAUGUUCCAUGCAAAUUCUUCCGUCAAGGUGCCUGUCAGGCUGGCCCGGCCUGUCCAUUCCUCCACUCCACCGAUGCGACUGUAGAUUCGGCUCCGUGUAAAUACUUCACAAAGGGAAACUGCAAAUUCGGCGCCAAGUGCGCAUUGGCACAUAUCCUCCCCGAUGGCCGCCGCGUGAAUAGACCUAACUUUGGCGGUGGAGGUGGUGGCGGUGGUGCUGGAGGUGGUGGAGGAGGCCAUCUCAAUCUAGGUGGUCGUGUGAACCCCCAGGCUUUUCAUAGCCAAGACUCCGCGCUCACAACUUCAGUGCUAUCGCAGCAGCGACUCAACGGUCAGGAUUCGCGAUACGUUUACCAUUUUGCCGAGCAGGACGGUUUAGCAGGAGCUGCGCAUGGCGGCCAUCAACAACAACUACCUUUAGACACGAUGGCGGGGCCUGAUGGUGGCUUGGUUAUGGAUUCGAAAUACGGUUCCCCCGUGGAGGAGAGUCGCAUCCAGACCUCCCCUCCUGGAGCUCUGACGCUCCGUGACGUGCAGCUCCCAGCCUCGUUCGAUAGUCAAGGAAUCUCCCAUAUGGCCCGUUACGGCCCUGUAGCUGCCUCUGUCCCCUCGCAGUUUGGCCUAGACCUGGCCUCACCACCAACUCAACGUGCACCAUCCGACGCCCUCCGCAACCUGCGUGACACUGCUUUCGGCUCCGAUCUACGCAGACCUACCUCGAACUUCGGCUCCUCGCCUCCCGCCGGCGUGAUCAUGGAGGACUCCUUCCAAUCCCGCUUGCUACACUCCCAACGCAUCAUCCCCCGCUCCAAAGUCAUGUCCGCAAGCGUGCCCCGCCCCAGCGCCCUAGACGACUGGGACGACAGCUUCGCCAUGGAGGAGGACUAUCUCCCCGGCAGUCUGCACGACGACGUGCUCACUCCGCAGGAAAAAAUGCGCCGUCUGUCUCGCACCGAGCACGAACUGAGCUCUAGCCAGCGCGACCUCGGCGGGCUAGGCGGCAUGACGGGCACAAGCGCUACCAAGGUCGGCUCUCCCCUGGCCUCUAGCCCCUCCCGAUUCGGCGCUCUCUUCGCCAGACAGCGACAGCGGAAAGAGGAAGAAGCUUUAGGCGGCACAUCGUCGUCCCUGAACCAUAUCGGCUCGCCGCUGCGUGAGUCUGCGCUGAACCAUCUUACUUCCAGCCCUAGCCUACGCCCCAUCGGCAGCCGCUCUGCAUCAGGCGACGUCUCGCCGUUUGUAUCAAGCCCGACCGCCAGGCAGUCGCAGUCGUCCAUGUCGAUGAUCAGCCAACAACUGAACAAUAUGUCCCUGCAUCCGAGCUCAGCUCGACAACCGUCGUCGUCUGCUACUACUCCCUCAUUAGGCCCCACGAGUAAUGCCCGCACAGCCUCCUCGCCAAUGACGUCCAGCCGCAUCGACGAAGAGCAGGGCGAUCUGGUGUUUUCCAUGGAAGAAGAGGAGAAUAAUAAACGGAAUAGCAUGGCCUGGAACUCGUCUAAUAAAUCCGCUUCCUCGACCACCGAAGACGCUUCGCCUGAGUACCAACCAUAA